AUGGAGCAAAUCACCGCCGCACCCUCUCCCAGCGCUUUCACGCCCCUCUCCGACCACCAAGCCCAAACACCCGGCACUUUCUUCGCCAGCAAACCCGUCCUGCACCUCCACGCCAUCGCCCGCAUCACCGCCGACAACAAUACCGACCUCCAGCGAUUGACGAGUCCCGUGGACGUCUACGUUACCUCCCAUCACCUGAUCCUCUUCUCGUCCGCUGCAUCCCUCGGCUUUCAGAUCCCCUAUCCGACCAUCACCGUCACGGCACAGGAUGGCGCGGACGUGCUGCUUGAAUUGAACUUAUCCGAUGAGGAUACUGCGGAUGAGGAUAUUGAGUUUUUGCAGAUGCGGAUCACGCCGGAGAGCAUUGUGAAGGAGUAUGAUGAGGAAGAAGAAGAGCAAGCGAGUGCCGGCGCGGGAACUGCGACGAACGGCACGACGAGCGGGAACGAUGCCUCCACGGCAUUGUUCAAGGCGAUUUCGGAUUGCCAGGAGCUGAAUCCCGAUCCGCGGGGAGACGACGAUGAAGGUGGCGAGGGAGCCUUCGAUGAGACGGCCCCGGGGGCUACAGGGUGGAUCACGAGUGAGAAUAUGGCAGAUUUCAUGGACGAGGAUGGGAAUUUCAGGAUGCCUGCUGGGAUGACUGUUGUUGGGGGCGAGGAGGAGGAUGGGGAGGGAGCUGUGACGUUGGGUGCUGGGGCGGGGACGACGAGGACGGCGGCGGAGGCGAAUGAUGAGGGGGAUGAGGAGGAGGAGAGUAAGUGGCAGAGAACUGGAUGA